AUGGUUCUUACUGCAAAAUACAGACCUAACGCAUUGGAUUCUUUAAUUACCUUAUUUUCGAAGCUAAUCGAAAACGAUGGACCAGACAAUUGUCUCAGAUUUCUCAAAAAUGAUGUCACAAAGACAAUAUUCAGAUCAAUGUACGUCGGAAAACCAUUUCCAGGCGAAUCAUCUAACUUCGCUUUUUUAUUUGAAUCAAUGAACAAUGGAAUAUACACUCCGGAUGAGAUCACAGAUAAAAUUCGAACAUUUCACUUUAACAAUCCUAAGUUUUAUCGCACUUCUGCAUGGUUAUUUGCAUGGUUUGCCCCAGAGAUUUUUCAUUCGGAUCAAAAAUUUUAUGAUCAGAUCAAAAAACAUACAAUACCUACAUAUAAAGAAAUAGAACGAUAUGCAAAAGCAAUUAAGAAGUUUAUUGACAAAUUUGAUGACUAUUCAGAGAAUGAUUUUGCAUUAUUGAGAACAGCUAGGCUCCAAUCGCAGCAUCGGACUACAUUGUUAUCAAUUAUUAAACGCGAUAACGUUGAAGGCCUGAUAAAUUAUUUUUCAUUUCCUAUGAAUAAUAUUUUUUCUCGUCUUGAGCCAUCGUUGUAUUGUCCUAAUCCAUUUAUUCAAUAUAAGCCAUCAUUCAACAUGGUUGCUGCUUUUUACGGAUCUAUCAAUGCAUUCAAAUAUUUUUGUGGAAAUGAUUUAUCUCACGACCAACUUGACAAUAAGCUCUCCAAUUUAGCACAGUUCGCAGUAGCAGGAGGUUGUAUGGAGAUUAUUCGCAUGUGCGAGGACAUUGGCUGUUCUUUUACAAUGACCGCUCAUAUCGCAGCUCUUUACCAUCGAAUUGACAUCUUAAAAUGGUUGCACGAGAAGUAUAACUUAGAUCUGAAUGCAUUUGAUAGCAUGGGAUAUAUUGUUCUCCAUAGAAGUGCUGAAGGAAAUUGUAUUUCUGCAAUAAAAUAA